UCUAAAACCCCCGCUGCUCCCCGCUCCUUCCUCCCUACCCCCACCACAUCCCCACCGCCACCUCCAGGUGCUCCCCCUGCAGUCGCCGCCGCCCCGGCGCAGAAGCGACCGCGUUCCCGGGAGCGGAGGCACCAGCACCGGCCCGGGCGCCCCGAGAGCUAUAAUAUGGAUUUAGAACUCCAGGAGUUUUAUAACAAGACCCCUGCCACCGAGAACAAUACUGCUGCCACUCGGAAUUCUGAUUUCCCCGUCUGGGAUGACUAUAAAAGCAGUGUGGAUGACUUGCAGUAUUUUCUGAUUGGACUUUAUACGUUUGUAAGUCUUCUUGGUUUUAUGGGCAAUCUUCUUAUUUUAAUGGCUCUCAUGAGAAAGCGUAAUCAGAAGACGACGGUCAACUUCCUCAUAGGAAACUUGGCCUUCUCUGAUAUUUUGGUUGUGCUGUUUUGCUCCCCUUUCACACUAACCUCUGUCCUGCUGGAUCAGUGGAUGUUUGGCAAAGUCAUGUGUCAUAUUAUGCCUUUUCUACAAUGCGUGUCCGUUCUGGUCUCAACUUUAAUUCUGAUAUCAAUUGCCAUUGUCAGGUAUCACAUGAUAAAACACCCUAUAUCUAAUAAUUUAACAGCAAAUCAUGGCUACUUCCUGAUUGCUACCGUCUGGACACUAGGUUUUGCAAUUUGUUCUCCCCUUCCAGUGUUCCACAGUCUGGUGGAACUUCAGGAAACGUUUGGUUCAGCAUUGCUGAGCAGCAGAUAUUUAUGUGUUGAGUCGUGGCCAUCUGAUUCAUACAGAAUUGCUUUUACUAUCUCUUUAUUGCUAGUGCAGUAUAUUCUUCCCUUGGUAUGUCUCACUGUAAGUCACACCAGUGUCUGCAGGAGUAUAAGCUGUGGGUUGUCCAACAAAGAAAACAAACUAGAAGAAAAUGAGAUGAUCAACCUAACUCUUCAUCCAUUCAAAAAGAGUGGGCCUCAGGUGAAAAUUGCCAGCAGCCAUAAAUGGAGCUAUUCAUUCAUCAGAAAACACAGAAGAAGAUACAGCAAGAAGACAGCCUGUGUGUUACCUGCUCCAGCAAGACCUCCUCAAGAGAACCACUCAAGAAUGCUUCCAGAAAACUUUGGUUCUGUAAAAAGUCAGCCCUCUUCAUCCAGUAAAUUCAUACCAAGGGUCCCCACCUGCUUUGAGAUGAAACCUGAAGAAAACUCAGAUGUUCAUGAAAUGAGAGUAAACCGUUCUAUCAUGAGAAUCAAAAAGAGAUCUCGAAGUGUUUUCUAUAGACUGACCAUACUGAUACUAGUGUUUGCCGUUAGCUGGAUGCCACUACACCUUUUCCAUGUGGUAACUGAUUUUAAUGAUAACCUUAUUUCAAACAGGCAUUUCAAGUUGGUGUAUUGCAUUUGUCAUUUGUUAGGCAUGAUGUCCUGUUGCCUUAAUCCUAUUCUGUAUGGCUUUCUUAAUAAUGGGAUCAAAGCUGAUUUGAUUUCCCUGAUACAGUGUCUUCAUUUGUCAUAAUUCUGAAUGUUUACCAAGGAAAGAAUAAAUGUUGAGACCGUCUAAAACAUAUUCACAAUAACUCUGUAUGUAAAUUAAAUAAAUUUUAGUAACAUGAAGUUGAAUUUAUGUAACAGAGUUCUGGAGUUGAAUGUCAGUUCAUAAUAUGUGGAAAAUAACUUUAAUGUGUUAUAUAUAAUAUGAUGAAUUCAUUUAGUUGUAUAAAGUUGGUGUCAAUGCGAUCUAUAAUUUCACUGUAAGAAGUAAUUGUAUUAACGUUCAUUUCAUCUUGUCUUGUAAACAAAUGAAUUGUAACUUUUGUUUAAAAUAAAAGUUGUAUCUAACCAACUCUGUAUUUUUGGUUCAAAAUUAUAAUAAAAAUAUUUUUCCUUAGACUCAUUUAAUUUUAGA